UUUCUCCCUGUGUUGCCCCGCCCGCCCGCGGCUCCCCUGCCCAGGCCGGGAGGCCCAGAUGGGGGAACCCCGGACUGGGGCCCCCCUGGAUGAUGGCGGGGCCUGGACGGGCAGUGAGGAAGGCAGCGAGGAGGGCACUGGAGGCAGUGAGGGUGUUGGAGGUGAUGGGGGCCCUGAUGCAGAGGGUGUGUGGAGCCCCGACAUCGAGCAGAGUUUUCAAGAGGCCCUGGCCAUAUAUCCUCCGUGUGGCCGACGCAAGAUCAUCUUGUCAGAUGAGGGCAAGAUGUAUGGCCGGAAUGAACUCAUUGCCCGUUACAUCAAGCUGAGGACAGGGAAGACGAGAACGCGCAAGCAGGUCUCCAGUCACAUCCAGGUUUUGGCUAGAAGGAAAUCGAGAGAAAUUCAAUCCAAGCUGAAGGACCAAGUCUCCAAGGACAAGGCCUUCCAGACGAUGGCUACCAUGUCUUCGGCACAACUCAUCUCUGCACCCUCCCUCCAGGCCAAGCUGGGUCCUUCUGGCCCUCAGACCACUGAGCUUUUCCAGUUCUGGUCCGGGAACUCUGGGCCACCGUGGAAUGUUCCAGAUGUGAAGCCUUUCUCCCAGACACCGUUCUCCAUGUCAUUGACUCCCCCAUCCACCGACCUACCAGGGUAUGAGCCGCCCCCAGCCCUCUCACCCCUGCCCCCGCCUGCUCCAUCUCCCCCAGCCUGGCAGGCUCGGGCCCUGGGCACUGCACGCCUGCAGCUGGUAGAGUUCUCGGCCUUUGUGGAACCACCGGGCGCAGUUGACUCGUUCCAGAGGCACCUGUUUGUCCACAUCAGUCAGCAGUGCCCCAGUCCUGGAGCGCCACCCCUGGAGAGUGUGGACGUGCGACAGAUCUAUGACAAGUUCCCCGAGAAAAAGGGUGGCCUCCGGGAGCUGUAUGACCGAGGGCCACCCCAUGCCUUCUUCCUGGUCAAGUUCUGGGCGGACCUGAAUUGGGGCCCAAGUGGUGAAGAGGCAGGGACCAGUGGAGGCAGCGGUGGCUUCUAUGGAGUGAGCAGCCAGUAUGAGAGCCGGGAGCUCAUGACACUUACCUGCUCCUCCAAGGUCUGCUCCUUUGGCAAGCAAGUGGUGGAGAAGGUGGAGACAGAGAGGGCCCAGCUGGAGGAUGGACGCUUUGUAUACCGCCUGAUGCGUUCCCCCAUGUGUGAGUACCUGGUUAACUUCCUGCACAAGCUGAGGCAGCUGCCCGAGCGCUACAUGAUGAACAGCGUCUUGGAGAACUUCACCAUCCUCCAGGUGGUGACCAACAGGGACACUCAGGAAUUGUUGCUGUGCACUGCCUACGUCUUUGAGGUCUCCACCAGUGAACACGGAGCCCAACACCAUAUCUACCGCCUGGUCAGGGACUGAUGGGGCCCUGCUGGUGGUUGUCCUCAGAACACACCCUUCCUAGGAAGGAGCCUUUGGCUCUCCCUGUGCCCCUCAUUUGGAGAGAGGGCCAUGUUAAAGAGGCCUGAUUUCAAGCUUGAGCAAGGGGUGCUGGCUCCUAUUAGAGGGGAAUCCUAAAACUUGAGCUGAAUGAGCUGACCUCACAGGGAGCAUUUGACAGGACACUUCACUCCUGGGCCUCAGGGAUUGGGGACAGGAGUGCAUGCCCACAGGUGCAGCACUGGUCUCUCAGUUCUACAGGGCCCUCUGUGCUCUUCUGCAGAAAGAAGCCGGGCAGUGUGGGAGACAUUACUCAAUGCCUUGUGCCCUUCCUGUUUUCCACCCGCCCCAUGUCUGCCUCUCCCCCACACCCUUUCUCCGAUCUGGGAUGUCACGAUUGAAGAUAACGGCUUCCCAGCUGGGGGCAGAAUGAAGUGGGACCUAAAUUUUUUUUAAUAUAAGGAGAUAUUUAUACAGUGUUAAGAUUAAUGUUAUCUCAGCUAGGGCAAGCAGUGGGGUGGGACUUCUUAAUCUCAUCCCCAUUCUAAGUGAGCCUCAGACCACCCUGCCACCUUCCUUUCCCCAAGAGUGAUGGUUUAUGUUCCGAAGGAGAAUAAAGCUAUUUUUACCAAAA